UUUUUGUUGUCUACGAAUAGCUACGCAUUUUAAAGAUUGUUUUUCAAUGUUGAAAUCUAUACAUUCAUAUUUACGCAUGAUAGAGAAUAUAUCCACCUAACAAGAAACUAAAUUUUGCACUUUUACAGAGUCCUACUGACAGUUCACACAUUAAUAAUGGCUAAAAAGGCAUAUCAGAAAUUAACAUCCAUCCUUAGGAAAGGUAGUGCUGAAGAUUUUGAAGUUUUUUGUGAGCCUUGUGACAGAGCUGAUUUUAGAACACCAGCCUUUGGAUACUGUUUGGAUUGUAAGGAACAUUUAUGCCAAUCAUGUUAUAGCACUCAUAGAAGACCAAAACCACUUCAGCAUCAUCAACUUAUAGACAAUCCAAACAUGUCACUUCAGGAAACUCUUCAGAAAUUAUCAAAGUCAGGUGAACAGGCUGAUGAGUUUUCAAAUUAUUGUGCUAAACACAUUAAAGAAGUGAUCAAACUGUAUUGUCAUGACCAUAGUGCACUGGUUUGCAGUGUAUGUGUUGCACUAGAACAUGUGUCCACAUCUUGCCAUGUGGACUACAUACCCGAUAUAUCAGGACAGACUUUAAACAGCACUGAGUUAAAUGAAACUCUGAAAGACCUUGCCAAUAUGCAAGACAAGUGCAUCAAGGCUGUAGAUAAUCUAAAACAAAGCGUUGCUAAAUCAACAACUUCUUUGAAAGAUGCAGAAUCAGAUAUAGCUAACUUCAGAAAAGACAUCAACACAACAUUAGAUGAACUAGAAAGAGAAGUUAAAGAUAUUGCAUCAACACUCCAAAAUGACAACAAUAAAAAGUUGCAAACUACAGAAACAACAUGUGAUGACAUCAACAAAUCUCUUCAAUCAUCAGCAGAUACACUUUGGGAUCUGUACACAGACAAGAAAGUUGACCAACUCUUUAUUGAAUUAAAGAUAGCUCAGCAACUGAUUCUUGACAAUAAACAAAAGAUCUUACAGCUUCCAGCAGCCAUAGACAUUGGUGAAUACAAAUUUGAACCAAAUCAACCGAUCAAAACACUCCUUCAGAAUGAGAAAUCAUUAGGAACAAUCAGAAGUAAGAAACAUAUGCAAUCAGCCAAACCAAUUAACCAGGCUAUGGUAGAAAUUGAAAUAUCAGAUCCUAAAUACAUCAAUGUCAAAACACCAUCAGAUGAAAGCGAUUGCAGAAUUACUGGUAUAACAUUCUCUCCUACUCAAAAUCAAAUAUUUGUAGCAGAUUUCAUCAACAAGUCAAUCAAAAUGAUUGACAUCAAAAGUGGAGUUAUUCAACAACUACUGGUUGAGUCGAAGCCAUGUGAUAUCACAAUAAUCACUGGGGAUACACUUGCUGUUACAUUACCACGAAGCCAUACAAUACAAUUCCUUUCCUUCUCCUCAAAUUCGGUGUCACCAAGAAACAAACUGAGAGUAGAAGGGCAGUGUUUUGGUAUCAGUCAUCAUCAAGGAAAACUUGCCGUAGCCUUUCCAUUACAGGGCAGCCUUCUUAUCAUGGAUUUGGAAGGUACUGUACAAAUAAAACUUGCAACAGAUUCCCAUGGCGACAACAUUUUUAGUCAUCCUAGUUAUGUCACAACUGAUAACAAGUCAAUCUAUGUAUCUGACAGGGACAAGAGUGCGAUAUUAUGUUUAGACUGGCAGGGAAAAGUCAUAAGAAAGUAUGGCGGAAUCAAAUGGCCAAGUGGUAUUGCAUUGUUAGAUGAUGGAUCAUUCUUAGUCAGUGAUUACAAAAGACACAGCAUAAUAAAAGUAAGCGGUGACUGUCAAGACAGCAAAAUUGUACUGGAGGAUAUAGAAAGUCCUUGGGCCAUGUGUUGGUGUGCAAAUGUCAGUAUAGUCUGUGUAAGUAGAUACAAUAGCAGCUGUACAGAAUUAAACAAUCAUAUUGAGUUGUACAAAACAAUAUAAAAUUUAACGAAGAGAACACUGAAAUGAUGAAAACAUCAGGUUAUGGGAUGUAUAUCCUUAGAAGUCUCUGUAAAAUUGCUUUAAAACAUACGCGUGCAGAGGUCAAUCUAUAUCAUUGUUCUCAUAUUGUUUAUAAGAUAUAAUUUUAAAGACAUUUUUGACAAAGUAUGAAUUACCUCCCCUGGAUGCCAGUUUUGGCAAGGGAGUUGCAUAUUUUAAAAACUGGGAAAUAUUUAUUGUAAAAAAAGUAGGAGAGGUUAUUAGUUUUGCAUAUUUUGAUUCAUUUUAGGCAAUUUAUGAGGAUUGUGUCCUAUUUAAAUAUAAAAAAUCUGUUUAUAUGACAAUAAAAUUAUUUACUUUUCAAAAUACUUCCUGGUUCAAAUAUUUACAAAAAUAAACAUAUAUCGGAGAUUUAAAUUUAAAUUUUUAUAUAGUUUCAUAGAGAUUCAUUGCAGAAGCACUUUGAAUCAUUAAUAAUGUAAAAUCAAUAUCUUAACUUUUAUAUCAUUCAUGGCAGGUGUUGCGUUCAUUGAACGCCGCCUUUCCUUGUUGAUCUUGUUGAUCAUAUUAUAUAUAUAUUAAACUAGACCUAUUUACGGUUAACUUAUUCAUAAAUGAAAUACUGUUUUCUAAAUGACUAUGAAAUAGGUCUGAAAAAAAGAAAGAAAUUAAGACAAGCAAUAUCUAUGUAUAAACUUUGCAUAGAUCAAUGAAGUAAAUCGGUUUUAACAAGAUAUUCUACAAAAUGGCUACCGGUAGAGAAAUAGAUACGGAUAUUCUUUCUGAUGAAAUAUUUGAUGUACUUUGUUCAAUGUGUAAAAAUCGAGGUAAAAACAGAAGGUGAAAAAUUCUGUCUGAACAGUCACGAUUAUUUCUGCAUAAAAUGUGUAAAAAUUCACAAUCAAGUGCCUGUAUUAGCUGGUCACAAGGUGUUGGAGAAAUCUCAGCUUAAGUCAAUACCAGUAAAGGUCUACCAAGGGCACCAGCAGAGAGAUGUGACAGAUACAGUCAUAAACACAUUGAUAUGUACAUGUAUGGCAAUUGAUUACAGGUAACUUAAAGCAUAAUGAUUCACUUUAUUCAUUAACUAUAAGAAGUACUAUGCUUAUCCUUGGGUAAAAUAUUUCAAUCAUGGUAAUUUAUUGAAAUCUAUAAAAUUCUUACUGAAUAUGUCUAAUUUGAAUAAAAGAAUGAAUAAACUUUGUAUGGGAAGCUGCGUUCCCUAUUACAGAUCAAGUAAAAAACAAGAAUAAAGAUCAACAAGGCAAAGGCAACGUUCACAGGACUGGAGUGGACAAAAGGGUGAAAGGAGUGGGAAAUGUAAUGUGAAAUAAUAUAAACUAUAACGGGCCCAUAAGGGAAUUAAAUGGAUAAGGGCUGAAAGGGUGAAAAGGUGGGGGGGGGGGUAAAAAUGGGAGAGGGGGGAUUGAGAAAAUACCUACCGUCAACGUCAAUCCAACAACACAGACAUCACAAAACAUGUAAACAUUAAAAAAUGGGCAACAAUACAGACAUGAAAAAUACUUGAAGGAACACAGAGGGGUCAAGCUGGUCUGUUCUUAAAAAGAAUGUUUUUUAGUGUGUACAGUUUAAAAAAUAUUUCUUCUUCGUAUGACGUAAAGUCAUAUUUAUUUAUUAUCUAAAAUUAACUGUGUAGCAAUUAUAAAUAUUUUCUUAUAUCGAAUUUGAGCAUUGUAUACAUUUAAAUGUUUGAGAUUUCCUGUUUAGUGAUUUUUUUCCGUCAGUUGAUCAUUGACCAAGAACUGAUGGCCAGUCAAUUUUUAAAUUUUGAGAAAAAGAAUUCCUGGAAUGGCAUUGGAUUGUUAAUCAUUUUGUCAGGUAAUUGAAAUAAGUCAUUCUUUAAGUUAGAUAGUGGUUAAUAUAAAAAUCUUUAAGUCAGGUAGAGGCUAAUAUAUUUACCCUAUCACUCUGCUCCAAACUAAAUGAUAUAUCAUGUAAAGAUAUAUGCUACA